AUGAGCAGAUGUACAAUAUUUGGCUUGUAUUUGGGUCUGAUUUUGUUUGUUUCUUGGCAUUCAGUGGUUGCAUCUGAAGAAGUAAGGUUAAAAAUCGACCUGUAGUUUUCAUGGACAAAUUAUAUUUUGAGAAUCGAACUUGAAACUCAUACAUUUGUUUUCCUCAUAGGCUCGUACUUUGAGUGUACCAGAGUCUUUACUAUUCAUAUCAACGUUGGAUGGGACAAUGCAUGCAGUGAAGAAACAGACUGGAGAUGUUCGGUGGUCGCUUAAAGAAGGUGACAAUAAAUUCAUCGUAUCAGAAAUUUGUGAGAGAUAUCAGCUGUUCUGUGUUUAUUACACCGGAAGUUUUAUUCUACUUUUAAUCGCUCGUCCUUUCAAGUCAGUGACUUCAUCUUACGAGGAAAUGUUCUGAUAUUUUCAUAUAGUAAGGAAAACAUUUAGCGACAGUAUUAAAGCAAUGUAGAGGGUUUUACCACGACGAUUGAUAGCUUAGAUUUGGUUGUUCAUGUAUACAGUGUGCUACAGGUUCUUACAUCAGAUCGCGAUCUCUAGCUACGUGUUUGAGAAGUUCACGGUUCUCUUUACUCAACUGAAGUAUUCUAUUACAUCUGCUCUUCGUCGUAGUUUCUGUUCAUUUUUUUUUUCGUUAGUACGAUUAAACAAGUAACUCGGUUCGAUAGCGUUUUGCAAAAUUCUUUUCGAAUACAAUCAAAGAUUUGGUAAUAGCUUUUUACAUUUAUUUAUUCCAGAAUGAGUGGAAAUUUCGCCGUGUUCAUUCUCAGAUCUUCUCAGCUCAACUCGUGGUGUUUUUCACAAUUACAAAUCGAUGAACGGGGAGAAAGUUUUCUUUAUUUUAGGAGGAGGUGUGAUGCAAUAUGAAUUUAUUAUCCUUUUUUAUUGUUUUGGAAUAAUACAAGACAUUAUUUAUUCAUUGAUUAGUCUGGAUCGUUUUAAAGACACUUCUGAUUUUAAUAUUCUCCUACCAGCUGUUUUUCUGAAUUUAUCUUCCAUGUGAUUCUGAUAUAUUCUGUUAUCUUUCAUACAGCUAAACACACAUCUAGACAAAUUUGUUUGAGCUGGGAUGAUUUUUAUAAUGAAAUUUUAUCUUGGAUCGCUCACAAAAAUACACAUUAAAGAGAUUUGAAAUUAAAAUUAACGCUUUUCACUGCUUCAUACAGACAAAGUGUUUGGAAUAUAAGCAAAAUGCAACAAAAGGUUUCUGGUGCAGUAAAUUUUACAGAUGUUUACAUUUUAAAUUACCUCUUAUGUUUUGAAAUCAGAAGUUUUGCUCAAUAAGAUAUAACCAAGCACCUGUAAAUAUCUUUUAAUUCAUAUAAUGUCCUUAUAUAUUUUUUCUGGAGGAAAAUUACCCCAGAAUACAGAAGUCAUAAUUUCAGCCUGGAAUUUUGCACCAAAAGGAAAUGACCUUUUAAAAAAAUUUUUUUCUUAAUCAAGGUUUGCUUUUCCAUUUAGUGUAGCUUGUCACUUUAAAAGCCAAAUCUCUACAUGAAAGGGAAUCAACAAGAACACACAUCUCUGAUGUUUGAUUUGGUCAAUCAACGAUUGUUUGAUGACACCCAUUUUAUAAAAUUUCACUUGCUAGAGCAUAUUCUAAAACUGGGCUUCCAGAAAGACAAUUAUAUUGUUGUGCAUUGUCUUUCUUUUACAGAGUCAUGACAAAUAAGGUUUAAGAUACAGAGUAUAGUUAACCUGUGCAUUAACCCUUUAACCCCCAACAGUGAUUAACAUGUAACUUCUGCCUACGAUAUCCAUACGUUAUUCAGCAAACGGGUAAUGAGAAUAUUCAAACUUAUCAGAUAGAAGUCGCUAUCUUGAUCUAACACCAAAUUCUAACUUGUAACUUAUUUAAAAGGAAAUGUUAAUGCUAAUUUUUCAAAUUAUUUUCUUCUUUGUAGAUGCUGUAAUACAGACACCAGUAUUUCUUUGCCCAGGGUAAGAUCAUUGUUUCCUUCUAACACACUCACUUGUAGUCAUGCCAUGCUAACAGGUCCAAAACUAGCACAUCAAAAAUCAAAAUAACCUUCAAAUUACACAUAAUGUGGUCCAGUGCAACUUAUUAAUUUGGAAUAGAGCUAUAUGGCUAUUCUUAAAAUCUGUGAUUGAUUUUUGUGUUUUUUUGUUUUUAGUGCAAUAUUCAUCCCUGAUCCAAAAGAUGGUAGUUUAUAUGCCUUUGGUAGUGCUCAUGAUGGUCUCAAGGUAUAGGAACGUUCUAUUAUUUAUAUACAUAUAUAGCUUAGUAUUUACCAGAAGUUAAUAAUGAUUAUUAUCUAAAAUAAUAAUUCAAGUCUUAGCUGAUUGGUUCAGAGGAAUUUAUUACAAACUCAAAAAGAAAACAUUUUUAUAUUAAUUUUCUGUAAUAUCUAAACCUAAACCUUAGUUAUCAUUACUGGUAAACUAUUUUACAGGAAAAUGAAAUUCAUUUUAAAUCUGCAGAUACGCCAAUUUUAAAAACAACAAGAUCUCAACUUUGUUUUGCACCCAAAUAAAUAAAAAGAAGUAAAUUAAAUUCAUUCUUACUGUAUAUCAGAAACUGCCAUUUACAAUACCUGAGUUAGUGCGGGCAUCUCCUUGUCGAAGUUCUGAUGGAAUUCUCUACACAGGUAAGUUAAUUUAUUGAAAGAAUAUUCAUUUCUAUGAUCAAUGAUUGGUUAUCAUACAUUCAAAUGUAGUUAUCUCUUGACAUAUCAUUUCAACCUGCAAGUCAUUGGCAUUUUCAUUUUACUGUUUAUAAAACUGUCUGGAAUUUUUUAUUUGUCCAUUCUGCUCUUCAUCUUCUGCUAUUGAUUAUUUCAUGUGUUGUAAAAAAAAUUAUUUUUACUAUAGGUCGUAAAACAGAUGUUUGGUACGCUAUUGACCUGGACACUGGGAUAAAACAACAAACCUUAAAGCUGGAUGGAACAGAGACUGUUUGCCCCAUGAUGUCCAAUAAGAGGGCUCCAGUAUUUCUUGGUAGAACAGGUACAUUGAUUGAUCUACAUUUUAUUUCUCCAAGUUACAUCUGUUCAAUAUUCUUGCAAAUUAAGAAGAUGAUUUAUUUCAAGAUGGUUUCAUAACUGGUACACUUGUCACAAAUUAUAAUUUAAACUAGACAGUUCUCUUGAAACUUUAAUUUCAAUAAAGAUUAUGAAAUAACUAGUUUAAGAGGGCAUCAAUUUUGUAAGAAUUAAGUAUUGUUAAAAAAAUAAGUAAUUUUUUUUUUCUGCCUUUUCAUAGAAUAUAUGAUAACCAUGUAUGACAGCAAAAGCAGAGAAAAAAGGUGUGUAGCAUUUGUGCCUGUAUAUCUUGGAUGGUGAAAUGGAAGAGAUAACAAGUUACUUUAUUUUACUUGAUUUUAGACAUCUCUGUCUAACCUGCAGUUUAUGUUUUUAAUUUUAUUGCAGAUGGAAUGCUACAUUUCAUGAUUAUUCUUCACAUCUUGCCCAAGAUGUUGACUACGGUAAUCAAUUUGUCAAAUGGAAUCAGGCCCCAAAGUUUUUCUACUCAGUAACAGCCCUUUAAUUUUUCAGCACAGUUACAGAUGUUUAUGCUGUAAGAAUUUGAGAAUGCAAGUUAGAAUAUUUUUACCCAUAUUGAGUCUGAUUGGAUAUUGAGAAUAGCUUUUAAUUGAAAUGAGUUAUAUUAGGCACUCAAGUCAAAGUAUUAACAUCUAAUCAGGCUUUAUAUGAGCAGAAGUAUUCUUGUCGUUCUUGCCAUAUCAGAGCGUGACCAUUAUUACAAUCAUGUUGAUUUUCUGAAUUUUAUUAUCUAUGGUGUGAAUCUUUUUUGUUAGAUCUUCAUCAUAUGUGUUCUAGUUCUGAUGGUUUCAUGGUUACCAUGGACGCAUCAACAGGUAUGUAUGAUGAAAGGAAUUCUCCUCACAUGAAAAUAAGUUAUUAAGCUAAACUUCCUCUACCACAAAUUCCCCCAACAAGUAUCUCAAUUUUUAAGGAGGGUUAUUUUGUACAGUUGAUGUGUAAAAUACAUUUUAUCUAGGCAUAUGUGAUAAAUAGCAGAGUCAGUAUAGUUAGGAUUGAAUCAGUAUUUACUAGAUAACCUCAUUUUAGUGGGUUUGUUUGUAAGUGACUGUUAAAUAUCAUUCUGUUUUAUUCUUUUCUUUCAGGAGAAAUUUUGUGGACCAAGAAUUAUGGCUCCCCUGUAGUGGGAAUUUACAGAAUGGACAAUGAAGCCUUGCUAAAAGUUAAAGUCAAUCACAUAGCUAAAGAGACAUUGAAACAUCUUAUUGGGGCAAACACUUCAAGCUCUUCACACCAAAACACUUUCCUUGGAGAUGGUGGAGAAAUAGUUCUACAGUAAGUGAAGUUAACAGGAAUUCUGAGCUUGUAGCUUCUUAUUUAAAUAUUUGACCCCUAAGAGUGAUUUGCAUCUAAUUUCUCCUUACAAUAAUAAGAUGAAUAAAGGAAAUGAUCACGAUCAAGGAGCUUUUGACUUUUAAGCAAACUUUCCUUGUCUGCACCUUAGGAAAUGUAUAGAGAACAGUAUGGAGAAUAUGCAUAACAUUCAGUGUUAACUUUCUAUUGGCUUCACUCUUCAUUUCCUCUUCCUUUUUUGCAGCCACCUAUUUCAGGUUGGGCAGGUGCCUACUUCAAAUGCCCUUGAGAACCCAGUGCAUGCUAUAUGUAUUUGGUAUUGAGGUGUAUCAUUUUCUUCUCCUGUAGGCCAACAUUGUACAUUGGGGAACACGCUGGGGGAUUGUAUGCUCUUCCAUCACUGGUUGAAGAAGGAUCGCCAUUAGUUGAGGUAUUGGCUGCAAUGAUUGCAAGAAUUCCUUUUAAUAUUCAAAUACUUGAUACAGCAAGUUUACAUCUCUUAUUUUUUUUUCCAGGCAAAAGUUUUAUUGAUUGAAGGCCCAAGAUCAGGUGUUCCUAAAACAGUAAAUCCAACCAAGUCCAGUGAUGCAGUAUCUGCUAGAGAACAUUCUGCAAACAUUUCCCCUCCAGUGCGGCGGCCUGUACAGCAGCCCAAAGUGUUGGAACCCAAAGCUGCAUUGCUUCUGGGACACCAUCAAGUUCCACUUGUUGCCAACCCUCAAUUGCAUAUCACUCACAUUCCUGAUAAACUGAUGCCAAUGUACAUGCAUCAUCAUCAUCUACACAACAUGAAGAUGACGCCAAAGAGAAUUGAAAAGACAAAUGCUAGAGAGGAAGACAGACGACAUCAACAGGAGAUGUUUGAGAUGAUGAAAAUUCACCAGCGACUGCUAUACACCAUUAUAGCCACUAUUGGAAUACCUGUGGUCUUACUAGUUGUGUUUUUUAUUGAGGUACUCAUAGUGUUACAUGCAGUGUGAUUUGCAAUUGUAUCUAAAACAUUGAAAGGCAUACAUUGCACUAGGAUUUUCAAAUGUUAUGUAUAUCAAAGAUAUUCAUCUGGUCUUUGUGGCAAUUUUUUUAAAACUAGCCCAAGCUUUAGUAACAUGUUUAUAUUUUAUCUUUGCCUUGCAGAGGUCAACAAGACAGUCUGCUGUUUCAUCAAAAAGAUCUUCACCCCCUUCCUCAUCAUCAUCAUCUUCAUCAUCCCAAAGAGUCCAUGAGCAAAAUGCAGAGCAAUCACCUGAGGUUUUAAGUAAGUUCAGCUUGAAUAAAUGAAAAUUCCACCUUAAGUUGUCUCCUGGCAGAAUUAGUGUUUUUCUGAUAACUUUCCCUACCAUUGGUAGAUGCUCUAACCAUGGGUCACAAGGACCUGUUAGCAAGAACUAACUUCAUAUACGUUGUGGGUCUGGUGCAUAGUGUCUUGAGUGGCAAAAGAGAAGAAAAUGAGGAAUUUUAAUCUGACUGUCGAAGCACUAAAUAAAUCCUUUGACUCCCAGUCUUCCACUCUCCUUACUGUUCCUAUGAUUUUAAGUUUUGCUUUAAGAAUUCUCUCAUCACCUUUUUGCCAAACUUUGUACUGAUAUCAUAGGGAGAUGUUACAUAUUGUAAAUUGCUGGUAAGGAGUCGUCAUCUAAUUGUUACAAAUAUGGGACAAAAGAGAAAUCAAUCAGUGUUUCCUUAGAAUUUUGCCAACAUUUUACAAGUAACAGGUUAAACGUUAAAUGGCAGAAAAAGUGAAAGAUAAUUUUGCUGGCGAAUCUUGCUAAUUUUUUCUUUUGCGCAACAGGUAGGUUAGUGUCUGUGGGAAAGAUCUCCUUCUCUCUUAAGAACGUUCUUGGUCGAGGCUGCGAAGGAACAGUUGUCUACAAGUAAGUCGUUUUCUGUUUUUUUCCUCACAAGCUGGGAGAACUUUAUCUUCAUUUGAGUGUGUUGGGACAAACUUCUAUCUAACUUUAUUUGACUCGUGUUUUGUUUUUUCAGGGGUAAAUUUGAUGGCCGCGAUGCCGCAGUUAAACGCAUUUUACCAGAAUGUUUCACUUUUGCCGAUAGAGAGGUUUGUCAUUUUCAGGAUCCAUUUCAUGACGUCAUUGUGACAUUUUAAGAGGUUUCAAUAGAGAGGAAAGUGGUAACAUUUGACAGAAACAUAGAGUUAGGUAGCUUUCGAUGAAAAUAAAUAGAUCUGGAUAUAAGAGAUCCGCGCAGCUAUAAACACUACUGAACUAGUUGUUGAAAUAAGACCUGAAAAAAAUUCAGGCCCGUACGGGAUUUGAACCCAUGACCUUUGCGAUACCGGUGCAGCGCUCUACCAACUGAGCUAACAAUCCAGCUGGGAUAUAUAUGCAGUGCACAGACAUGUCCCAGUUGGCUUGUUAGCUCAGUUGGUAGAGCGCUGCACCGGUAUUUUGGUGAUUUUCAUAUAUCUACAAUAAAUUAAUCUCUUUUUAUUACUUUUUUGUCUAGGUGGAUCUAUUACGUGAAUCAGAUGCCCAUCCAAAUGUAAUUCGGUAUUUCUGUACGGUAAGUCACCUGUAAACCGUUUGACUCUCAAGCGCGUCUUCUGCGCGUCAUUUAUUAAGCUAACGAUGUCUGAAAGGCAUCCGUAAGUUUGAAGCGUGAUAAUGCUAAGACAAUGCUUGACCCAAAAACUACAGAACCAAUCAAAAAUCACUUUAUCUUUGUGAAAAGAUGCAUCACUGUACAUUUGCAAUAUUUUAGGAAAAAAUCGUACCUUUGAGUUAGGAAGGAGGAAUUAGUCUCUGUAUCGGCUAUUUAUUUAGGGAUAAUGUUAAAUGAUUAAUAAUUUUUUAUCUUUACAUGUAAUUUUAGGAAGAGGAUCAGCAAUUUCGCUAUAUCGCCUUGGAAUUAUGUGAAGCUACCCUUCAGGAGGUAGGCCUAUAUCAACUUCAAAUUUUGGGAAGCGUCCUUCAUUCUAAUGACGUGAUGAAAUAUCAGUAAAUAUAGAGCUCUUUUCUUUUUUCAGUAUGUUGAAGAUCCGACUUUUGAGCGCCAUGGACUAACACCUGUAACUGUACUGAAUCAAGCCAUGUCUGGACUCACUCAUCUUCAUUCUCUUAACAUUGGUAAGAAUCUGAUCUUGUGAACCUCUUGUGAUCUGGUUACUUUUUGUCCCUUUUGGAUGUUAACAAUUACCUGAGUUAUGUCAGGAGAAAGUGCUGGUUAACUUUUCUUGGAGCUAAAGGUUAGAUAAAGCUUGAAGUUGCUAUAUAUGUAUAUAUACAUUUAUUUAUAAAAAUAUUUACAUAUAAACUUUCUGCUCCAAAAAGUAAAAUUGAUAAAUAGAUGAAAAUAAAUAAAAUAUUUUAGAAUGAUUACAUGAUUAAAUAACACAUGACAAAUAAACACAAACAUUAAAAGUUCGUGAGUUAGUAUAAUUUUGCGAUUCUGAUAUGAACUGAUUUGCAACGGUGAAUAUUUUGGUCUCUUUCUGGAAAUGAGCGUAGUAUUGUUUACUCGAUUACAGCCAGUGAGUGACAUUGUCAAUUGUAGAUAUGACUGACUAAUCUGUGGGUGAAACUUUAAAUAAGCAAACUCUGUCUUUAAUGAUUUGGCCUCUUGUCAAACAAUUGAUAAAUAUAUUUUCUAUUUCAGUUCAUCGGGACAUCAAACCACACAAUGUUCUUAUUUCUAAGCGAUCCGUGAGCGGUGAAGUGAAGGCCAUGAUAUCUGACUUUGGGCUUUGUAAGAAACUGGCGUACGGGCGGAACUCGGCCACUUGUCAAACAGGUGCUAUAGGUACAGACGGCUGGAUAGCGCCUGAGAUGUUUAAACCUGACAACAAAAUGGUAACUGAAUGCAUAAUUACGAUCAUUUUAGAGAGAUAACGAGUAGUCCCGUCAUUGAAGAACGCUCAAGAUUUUAUUCUCUAUGCAUUCCUCUAAAUACACCUGGUUGAAGGUAAACCAAGGAUGUCUCAAUUCUCCCCACUCUCUGGCUAAAAGCUCCUCCCCCCCUCCCAUUUCAUCAUUCAGGCCCCAGUUGCUCAAGGGCAGAUAACGCUAUAGCCUAUAAAUCGCUAUCCAGUGGAUAAGUGUCAACAAAACGUACUGCACCAUCCACUGGAUAGCCAUUUGUCUAGUGAAUAUCGUUAUUCACCCUUCGAACAACUAAGCCCAGGAGGUUUUAAAAAUUUGAAUGGUAUGGUGGCUGGAAAGGCCAUCUAGUUCUUCCAUCGGCUUUAGUUUUCAAGAACUCGAUUAAAAAUCGCUCUCUAAUCUCAGGCAAGUUUCACACAACUCAAACACUCUUAUUUAACUUUGUAAUUGAUGUCUUUUCUCUCUCUAGAAAUGUUCUGUGGACAUCUUUUCUUCGGGUUGUGUUUUUUACUACGUGUUAAGUGGAGGUCUCCAUCCGUUUGGUGAUCAGUACAGACGGCAAGCUAACAUAGUAGCGGGAGAUUUUGAUGUAGAGAAGAUAAUUAAUUGUGAAUGUAAGAAACUUCAACCAUUAUAGUGUUUGAUGAGAUUAUUUGGAAAUUGACUUCAAAUUCUACUGUUUCAAUUAAGUAAUAUGGAUUUGGAUCAAGAAACAGGAGUAGUGAAAUAAAGUGACUGUUUUAGAAAUCUCAGAAUGUAACCUUCUAUACAUUUAAUGACAACUGUACAAGCAUGUGUACUCUUUGCUUUGGCCGUUCCAUACGCUCAUCAAAAUUUUUCUGGACACCUUUUUUCUUUUAUGUCAUUUCUAAGGUUGUUUCUGUUUUUGUUACAUAUGCGUGAAUUUUCUUUCCCUUCUUUUGCAGUGGUCACAGAAGCUAAAGAUUUAAUAAGAAUGAUGUUAAAACCCUGUCCUUCGGAGAGGUAAGGAAUAUUUUGGUCAAGAUGGUGUAUAAAAGUUAACGUACUAUCUCUAAUGGCUGGCAACGUGAGUGGAUGGAUUAAGUGAAUCCUUUGUUCUUAUCAGUUACCGAUCGUGAAAUAUGGGUCUUUCAUUUCCUCUCGUAAUUCCAUACUGUUUUCGGGCAAGAGCAACAUAUCUUGUGUCUUCUCUUGACCAUGUAAAGAUGACCGAACAACCUUGAGUCCAUUAUGGCUGAAUAUUGACCCCGUUGUGAACUUGGAUAUUUUACUUAGAUAUUACCGGGGAAUGCUAAGCAGUAAUAUGUUUUUUUUAGUUUUCUGUUUCAUCAUCUCUGAUGUCUUCCCUUGGAAUCUGCAGAAUUGAAAAAUAUCAUUUAAAAAAUAAUUCUAAUUUUUGUAGACCUUCAGCGAAAGAAAUCCUGAAGCAUCCAUUCUUCUGGAGCAGAGAAAAACAGCUUGCAUUCUUUCAGGUAGGAACAAACUCCUUUGCAAUCGCCUACCCUUAGAUACUUCGUGUAUGAUCGUGACAAUUAUAUGAAGUCCUACCCCACCUCCCUGAACAAGAACACGUCGAUGUUAUCAGCCACGUUGCAAAGAAUACAGUUUUGACGUGUUCUUGUUAUUUUAUUCCAGGAUGUCAGUGAUCGAAUUGAGAAAGAGUCCGAAGAAUCAGAUCUAUUAGUGUUAUUACAAAAGGAUUCCAUUCCUGUGGUGCGAGGGGACUGGAAAGUACACUUAGGAAGCGAACUACAAGAAGGUGAGUACAAUGAAAGAAACUGGAAACGAAAAAGGUUUGCUAGCAGCUGGUUCCAUCUCAGUGAUCUGUUGCUUCAGAUCGAUGCUUAUAAGUUUUGUUUUAUCUUUUUACAGAUCUUCGCAAAUUUAGGACUUACAAAGGCUCUCAUGUUAGGGAUCUUUUACGCGCUAUGCGGAACAAGGUAAGCGUAAUGAUGGUGUCUGCUGCUUCAGUUUUGGUUAUUUUCUGUCCUGAAGAGAUGGAGAAGAUCUCAGUUUAGGCUCAGUUCAACACAUUUAUCCCCUUUCUUCGUCGAAAGAAAUAAAUGCAAGUUGAAAUAACGACUUCUCCUUUAGCACGGAGAUCUUUCGUAAAGAAAAGAAUAUUUACAUCUUCUCUCUGUAAGUUCCUCUGCGUGUUACGAGACUUCACUGUAAUGUGUAUGUAGUACACAUACAAAAAAGAAACCUGAUGGGGUACUUCUCGCUAGUUCCUUUUGCAUCUAGGUCUAUUAGCUUUCAUAAAUUUUAAUUUUGUAUCGUUGUUAUUUAUUUUGACAGAAACAUCAUUACCGUGAAUUACCUGAUCACGUGAAGGAAGCGCUCGGCACUGUUCCUGAUGGUUACAUGCGUUACUUCAGCUCCCGCUUUCCGCGCCUUCUCAUGCACACAUACAACGCUAUGGCCUCGUGUAAGAGCGAGCCUGUGUUUCAAACGUACUUCUCUCAAAAAGAACCCCUCGCAUAGAUUAUCUUUCUCUUUUUUUUAAUACUUUUCACCUCUUAUUAACUUAAAGCUUACAGACUCCUCUGGUCGUAGCUCAAGUUCAAGAAGACUUGGAGACUUGGGACUGUCUCUUAAUAGAAAUGUUCCCCAUAGCUACUUACGUUGCAUCGUGACACCCUAUCCCCUUUCCACUUU